AUGGAGCGGGAGCUGUUGGUUCGGAAGGUGACGGCGCUGCAGGCCUGCAUCCGGGGCUUCUUGGUCCGACGCCGGUUCCAGAGUCUUCGAGGUGAAUAUGAGGCUAUUGUACGAGAGAUCGAGGGUGAUCUGGGCACGCUUCAGUGGACUGAGGGCUGGAUUCCCAGGCCCCGAUUUCUCCCAAAGAAGGCAAAAUCCCAUCAGACCUGGAAAGCCGGCGGAGAGAGGGUACCAAAUCCAGAGCAGGAACUAUGGAGCCACUUCCCAUGUAAAGAGACUGAGAAAGAGACCAUCUGGGAGGAGGUGAUACUGAAGAAGUCAGGAGAGAGCUUCACAAACUCCAGCAGUCUUCCCUGCAGAGAUGCCAGCGCCUGGCUUCAGGAUGAGCAGAGCAGGAGGACCAGGAAACCGAGCCAAGAGACCAGAGAUGUGUCAAGGAUGGAAAACCCAGAAGCUGCAGGUCCAGGAUUGUCCCACAGCCAGACUGAGCUCCAGGAGCUCCAGAACCAGCGCAGCCACUUGGCCAUGGAGCUGCUGUGGCUACAACAGGCCAUCAAUAGCCGCAAGGAGUACCUAGUUCUCAAACAAACACUGAGAUCCCCAGAAGUGGACCAGAACAGACAUGAGCCCAGCUUGUGCCAAGAUCAUGGGGAACAUAGCUGUGAAAAAGCUGGAUUACAACCAGGCCCACCACUGGAAGACCAGUCCUACAGAGGCAGGACCCCUGGAGAGCCAGGCCAUGUGAAUGACUCCUGCUGGAAACUCAGAUCACAACCCCACAAAUUCCCAGAAAGACUGGCCACUCCAGAUAAAACCACUGCUGGGGCCAAGUACAGGGACCCAUGCUACAGACGGCCUGGACCACAGCUGCCCACACCACCGGAAUGCCAGGCCACAGGGAAGAGGCUCACCAAAGAGCCGGACUGUGGAGAAGAGAUCUCUGGAGAGGCCUGCCUGCAGCUGACACUUCUAGAGGAUGAAAGCCACAAAGAGCUCAAAUCUAAGGGCUCCUGUCCUGGAAAGGCCAGGACACAGCUGCCCACACCCCGUGAGGACCCAAACAUUGAAGACAGCUCUCCCAGGGGGCCAUGCCAAAAAGAGGCUGAUUGGCAAAGAGCUGUGCCACGAGAGUUGGGCAUCUCAGAGGACCAUGUCACCUGGGAUGGGUCUUUGGCAGAGCAUGGUGGCCUGGAUCUCUGGAAGAAUAAACCACCCAAGGGCCAGACCCCCAGUGAUAAAAGCUCCAUAGAUAGACCCUCCAGUGAAUCUAGCCAUGAAGGAUGGCAAAACCAGAGGACUAUACCAUGGAGAUCGAGGCCACCUGAGAAACUGUCCACAGGAAAGGAUCACUGGAGGGGCAGGCAGUGGAAAACAGGACCAGCAGGCUAG